AUGUUUAGUCCAACAAAGUUAUCACCUCGGGCAUCAAAGACUUAUAAAAAGCGUCCUAAGGGUAAAAUACUAGUUCAUGACAAUGCUUUAGAAACCAGUAAAGUGAAAAAACUUGGAGAGUAUCAAGAAAUAAUUGCCAAACCAAGAAAAUCAUUAGAUCCAUUUGAUCUAAUAGAUAUUAAUCAUAUAGAGAAAAGCACACCGAGUCCAGUGAAAAUGGCAAAAAAACGUAAAACUGAAACUGGUAUCAAAGUGGAAGGAUUACUUGAAAUAAGCGAUGAUGAUGAUAACGAUAACGAUAAACUGAAAGAGAAGGACAAAUCUCAGCCAAAGACAUUAAAUGAAAAGUUUGAUUCAAAUAACAUUCUUCAUUCACUUGAUCAACAGAAUCGGAGUAAAUAUGAUGAUGUUUUGAAGAAAUACAAAAAGAAGAAAAUCCCAAAACCAAUUGUAUCAAGGAAAGAAUUAUUGGCAAGAGCAAACAAAUAUAUGGAUUUGAUACCAAAGAUUUUAGGUGGGAAAUUAAACACUUCGGUAUAUUAUGAGUAUGCUAAAGCUGAACAAAUGAAAUCGGAUCGUGAAACAAUGCCAGCACUGGAUAAAUGGCGUAUCAAAUGGGAGAAAUAUUAUGGUGGAUAUUAUGGUUUCCAAAGACAAUCAAUAAUAGGAGCAUAUAUUUUAGACAGGUAUGAAAAGAAAUUGACAAAAUUUUGUAAAGAUAAUAAAACUGCUAGGUAUUGGAACAUGUCACAAUUUUCGACAUAUGUUUUGGCCAAUGAAAUCAUCAUUAGAAUGAUUAUGGAAGAUAUGAAUCUUGAUUUUGAUAAAGCAGAAAAAUUUUGUCUAGAAACUGUUGAUUAUGGUAUUGUUGUGGCAGAUUCUAUUGAAGUUGAUUAUGAUAAUGGUCUUAGUCAAGAGAAAACUACUACCAAAAAGAGUAUAUCUUCAACCAAACUGAAACUUCUACCCAUUCUGUUAAAUGCAGAUGAUAGUAGUAGUGAUGAGGAAAGUAUAUUCCGAGUUGAAAAAAGUGGCAAAACUAGAACAAAAUAA